AUGGCCGAUGCUGGUUUUUUCAAAGGUACGUCUGCUGAACAAGAUAGUCGAUUUGCAAAUAAACAAAAGAAAUUACUUAAACAAAUGAAAUUUCCAGACAAUAUAGAGACUAAAGUUGAUAUGUCAAAAAUUAACUUGGAUAUUAUGAAACCAUGGAUAACAAGACGCUUAGAAGAAUUAUUGGGUCUUGAAGAUGAUGUUGUGAUUGAAUAUGUUUUCAAUCAACUUGAGGAUACAAGUCCCGAUCCUAAAAUGAUGCAAAUUAAUCUAACAGGUUUCCUUGGCGGAAGUAAAGCUCGAGCAUUUAUUGGAGAACUAUGGGUUUUAUUAGCUAGUGGACAGUCAUCGCCUGAUGGCAUACCAGUAGAAUUAGUUGAAAUGAAGAAGAAAUAUUUACAGAAGCAAAAGGAAGAUGAUGAUCGUUUACGAGAAGUACGCAAACGUGAAGAAGAUUCAUAUCGUAAUGAUGUUAAAGGUGAUAGUGAUAAACCCAAUGGUCGUAACCAAGUUUCAUCGGCAAAUAUUAGAUUACGUCAUGAAAAUGGAAAUAAUCCUGGAUAUAAAGCACGACCAAAUUAUGAUGAUGAUCGUCGUGAUCGAAGACGUCCUGAUGAUCGAUAUGAGCGACGACGUCCAUCACCACGAAACCGUCGGUCACCACCAUCGCAGAAACGUCGAACACCAUCGCCGCCCUCCAAAGGUCGUAGAUCAACAUCUCCGACAGCAAAGAAACGUCAAACACCUUCACCACUACCAUCGAAAGGUCAUCGAUCACCAUCUCCAUCAACAAGAAAACGUCGAACACCUUCACCACUACCAAGCAAAGGUCAUCAAUCACCAUCUCCACCACCACGAAAACGUCGAACACCUUCACCACUACCAAGCAAAGGUCACCGAUCGCCAUCUCCACCACCACGAAAACGUCGAACACCUUCACCACUACCAUCGAAAGGUCAUCGAUCACCAUCUCCACCAACAAGAAAACGUCGAACACCUUCGCCACUACCAAGCAAAGGUCAUCGAUCACCAUCUCCACCACCAAGAAAACGUCAAACACUCCCAUCUCCGCCUAAAGGCCACCGUUCGCCUUCUCCAUCAUCGUCGAAAAAACGUCGAUCCCCUGUGCCACCAUCCAAAAGUCGUCGAUCACCACCAAAAGGUCACCGCUCCCCAUCACCACCAUCUAAUAAGCGUCGGUCGUCACCACCAUUCAGAGGUCGUCAAUCACCAUCGAAAACUCGUCGAUCGUAUCCUUCGCGAAGCCCAGAUUCGAACUCACGACGUCGAGAUGCCAAACCAUCACCAUUGCCAUCAUCCGCUUCGAGAAAAGAUGCAUACAAAAAACCUACACGAUCUGCUUCAAAGGGUAGUGGAAGUGAAGAUGAUCGUCAACGUCAACAACGUUAUGAUAAACCGAAAGGAAAUGCUUCAUUUAAUCAACGUGAUCGACGCCGUUCACCCUCAAGAUCUCCAAAACGUACUCGAAGUCCAAUAAGACAACGCAAAAAUGAACCGAUAAAAAAUCGUUCACGUUCGCCCUCAUCAUCAUCAUCCAUGGAAACAUCACCACCACCACCACCAAUGAAAAAACUCGCCAAUUCAAAUGUGAAACCUCGUUUAGCAUCAUCAAGUUCGAGUGGAAGUCGAUCACCAUCGCCACCACGUCCAGCAUCUCAACGUAACGAUAAAUUUCCGCGGAAAAAAUCAAACGAUUCAGAUGAUGAUUAUAAAGUAAAAAAACGUCGUAAAAGUGGUGAAUCAUCAAGUGAUGAUCGAGCACCUAAAAGUCUAGUUGAAACACAACAACCAAAACUGAAGUCAGCAACACCAUCAUCGCAGUCACCUUCUCCACCACGACAACCAUUGAAAAAAGUAGCUUCAACUGCAUCAAAUAACGAUCGAGUUAAAUUAGCUGUACCACCAAAGCAAGAAAUACAAAAGAGCAAAAAAGCAACACGUUCACCAUCUGAUAAAUCUUCGUCAGGAUCAAGUUCAGAUUCGUCUUCGUCAAGUUCAGAGUCAUCAGGUUCAUCAUCAGAAUCCGAAUCGGAUACUGAUACAAAGCCAAAUAAAAAACCACAAUCAUCAGCUCGUAGUAAUUCAUCAAGUCGUUCACGAUCGCCAACACCUGUACGCACUAAGAAAGACGAAAAAAAAUCGACUAAAUCUAGAUAG